CCGUCAAAGUCGCGCUAAUCAAUAUUGUGUGAUACUCAACUGUUUUCACUUUCGAUCAUUAAUUGAAUGCGUUCAUGUAUUAUCAUAACUGUACUUAUCAUUACUGGCACUCGAAGGUCCCCAACGCCGGUCAGGGUGUCAUCAGAGAUUCAUUGAUAAUUACCGAAUAAAGUAGUAUGGAUUUACAACAGCAGAUUGUGGAGUUGAGGGAGAAAUUUUUUAAGAAACUCGAGGAUGAAACACCUUCAGAUGAACGUAGUUUUCAUCCGGAUGAUCUGACGAGGAUCAAGACCAGGGACGACUACUUGAGGAGAUGGCUGGAACACGCGGAGUUCAAUAUUCAAGAGGCGGUGAAUUUGUUGUGGUCCACCUGCGAGUGGAGACGAAAAGUCGGGGCCAAUGAAAUCACUGAGGAUAACGUCAAUCGGGAGUACCUCCAGGACGGAGUGGUGUUUGGCUAUGGCAAGGAUAGGGAUGGCAGGGGAAUGUUCAUUAUCAAGUCUAAACUCCAUGUAAAGGGCGCUAGGGACUUUGGGGAGCUGCAGAGGUGCAUUAUUUAUUGGUUUGAACGGAUGGAAAGAGAAGGCAAUGAACAAAUCACCCUCUUCUUCGACAUGUGUGAGGCAGGCCUUUCAAACAUGGACAUGGAGUUCACAAAAUACCUCAUAAAUCUAUUCAAAUACUAUUACCCAAACUAUCUCAACAACAUAAUUCUGCUUGAAAUGCCAUGGGUUCUAAACGCUGCAUUGAAGAUCAUAAAAUCCUGGCUUCCAGCGAAAGCUAUUCCUAAAAUAAAACAGGUGAACAAGAAUGGGCUGAAGGAAUAUGUAGAUCCGAGUGUUGGACUGGUAUGUUGGGGUGGAGAUAACGAUUAUAAAUUCACCUUCGUACCGGAAGUUCGUAAUGGUGUUAAUUCGUUGAAUGGUAAAUUGGAUAAUAAAAAGGUGCACUUUGCUGAGGCAUCACCAUUGAAUGAGCAGCCAGCCUCUGGCUUUGGAGAUCAAUCGAGUGAAGACUCAAUGCUUGCAAUAACUCCAGACGUAAUAUCAUUCAACAAAGAGGGGCAGGAGAUCAUCGGUACGAUCGCACUGAAGAACCAAACUGCUGAUAAAUGUAUUUCAUACAAGAUAAAAACAACGGCUCCAGAGAAAUUCCGUGUACGCAGGAGCACGGGUGUAUUACUGCCAGCGCAGCAGGUGACCGUGACGGUAUCAUUGCAGCCUGGUUUCAAUUUACGCUCAUUAUUACACAAUGAUAAAUUCUUGAUCAUGUGUCUGCCGAUGAAAGAUGCCAAGAUGACAGCUGAAGAGUUGGCUGAUUUUUGGAAGACUAAUGGAAAAUCAGCGGAGCAUCAUAGAGUCUGGUGUCGUGAUGGAGCAGGUGGAACGACAUCGAUUCUUUCCCCAGGGUCGCCAGGAAGCGAGAGAACGAUGGAUCAACUGUACACAAAGCUGUCACAUCUCGAGGAGUGUCAUGGCAAGCUGCACAAAGAGCUGAGAACUCUGAAGCACGUAAUGAUAAUAUCAAUAAUCUGGACAGUGGUAGCAGCCAUUGCAAUCGUCUACAUCUUGCGUUCCGACAUUGGACAAAUCACCAGUGAUCAGAGCUGUCACCUCCAUCGAGGGUAGUACGAGGCCUGCAAUUGCUAGUCUCCCAACGACGCAGAAUUAGUUAAACAAAGUCGAGCGCUUGGAACCUAACAAUUUAUAAAGAAUUCGUAAACAACUUGUGAACACCAAACGGUUACGCCAAACAAUACAACAGAGCCGUGUAAAUAAUAUUCCACAGCAGUUGUCAUUCCUAUUGAAUUUUCUCUUUUAUUCGAUGGACAGUCUCUCCCACUCCACAAGACAAACAAUCUGCAACAAUGAAAUUCCUCAGCCAAAAGAAAAAAAACGGAAAAAAGAUAAAAAUUCAAAUAAUCGUGAGGAAUAUUUUUGUAUGCUUUUAUACAUUUGUGUCUGUGAUGUGAAAAUAAAAAUUUUCAAUGCCGCCGGCGAACGAGUGAUUAUCGAAGCGCGCAACUACUCCCCAUUCAUUUAUACGCCUAUUAUACAAAAUAAAUCUAAUGAAGUGUUAUUCGAGCUAAGAAAUUCCUAUAUAUUUUAUAAUCAAUAACAAACAUAAUUUAUAAGAUGAAAAUACUGCUUACUCGAUGGAAAGCAAACCUGUAACUUUGUAAUUUAUAUAAAAAAGCUUAGAAUAAAAUUUGCAGAUGGUAAAAUC